CCGUGAUUUUUUUUUUUUUUUUGAAUUUUUCCUCAACAAUCGCUUUCUUCAUCCCAUCGCUCUCAACAGACAGACAGACCUCAGUAGUCUCUCAACAGAGAUUCUUUUUCUUCAUUCUUCUUCUUCUUUUCAAACUUUGAACAAAGUCUGAAGAGUUAAGCUCUGAAGAAUGUCGGGUCUAAAGAUAUCGGAUCCGAGCAAAUUGCAUCUGAAGAGAGAGCUGACUCAAAUAAGGAAAGUUUCCAAGUGCUUACGCGAUCCCGGAACCUCAUCCUCCUGGAAAUCCCCUCUCACUUCCUCCAGAUCCGUCCCAGUCGACGAGCUUCCUUCGAGCAACAACAACGUCCAGCUUCUCAAUCAGUUGGAUUCACAGUUCCGAGCUGAGAGUAGUCGAGGCAAGGAGAAGGAGAAGAAGGUCUUCUUGUAUAACUGGAAGUCUCAGAAAACUUCUAGCGACAAGAACAGCGAAUAUGACGACGACGAUGAUGAUGAUGUGAGUGAUGCGAGGAACAACGGUGGAGCUUCCAUGAUGUUCAUGUCUAGAAACAGCGGUUUAACCAAGAAGAAGCGUAGGUUCUUGUCUCGAUAUCAUCAUCAAGCUAAAGAAGCAACAUCAGGUGAAGAAGAAACAGAGGAUUUUAGCAAUUCAGAGAGUCUCGGCAACAACAUCGCUCAACAAAUCUUGAAGCUUAAGCACAACAAGAACUGCUGGUCACGCUCUUCUUCUUAUAAGUUCUUGAGAGCUACAAGCAAGAGAGACGACUCUUCUUAUACCUGUAACAGCACGCCUGCAUUGUCCACCACCUCGUACAACAACCUGUACGCUAUACGUAGCCCCAGCACGGUUGGAUCUUUGGAUGAUGAUGAUAACAACUUGGAUGUUACAGGGAGACAAGGCUGUGGCAUUCCUUUUUACAGAGCCAAGAGGAAUCUGAAACAUAGAGGUGGAUGUAGGAGUUGUUGUUCACCUUCGUUUUCUGAUACUCUUAGAAGGAAAGGAAGUAGCAUCUUAUGUGGUGGGAGUCAGUACCGUAGACAUUCUUCUGGGAGAUGUAAUAAGCUGAGUGUUGUACCUUUGCUUAAAUAUGGUGGUGAUAGUAGAGGAGGUUCUUCUUUAGGGAUUGAUGAUGAUGAUCUCUCAACUGAAUUCGGAGAGAUUGAUUUAGAGUCUCAAAGUAGGUUAGAUGGGGGAAGAUGGUCUACUAGUUGCAGGAGUCAAGAAGAAGGAAGCACACCGGAAAAUAUGCAGAGUUUGAGUAAUAAGUACAGACCGAUGUUCUUUGAUGAGCUCGUUGGUCAGAGUGUAGGUGUUCAGUCGUUAGUGAACGGUUUGAAGAAGGGUAGGGUUGCUAGUGUUUAUCUCUUCCAAGGUCCUAGAGGAACUGGGAAGACAUCUGCAGCGAGGAUCUUCUCGGCGGCCUUGAACUGCGAUGCGGUGGCUGAAGAAAUGAAGCCUUGUGGGUACUGUAAAGAGUGUAGUGAGUUCAUGGCAGGGAAGAGUAGGGAUUUGUUGGAGCUUGAUGCUGCUAAGGAGAAUGGAGGUGAGAGAGUUAGGUACGUUUUGAGAAAGCUGAUGAGUUUGGUUCCGCAGAGUUCGCCAAGAUACAAGGUCUUUGUGAUUGAUGAGUGUCACUUGCUGCCACCUAAGACUUGGUUAUUGUUACUCAAGUUUCUUGAGAAGCCUCUGCAGAGAGUCGUCUUCAUAUGUGUGACGAGUGAACUUGGCAACGUUCCUAGGACGAUUCAGUCGAGGUGCCAGAAGUUACUCUUCAACAAACUCAAGGAUGGUGACAUUGUUGUGAGGUUAAGGAAGAUUGCUUCAGAUGAAAGUCUUGAUGUGGAAUCUCAGGCGUUGAACCUGAUUGCUUUGAAUGCUGAUGGCUCACUUAGAGAUGCUGAAACCAUGUUGGAUCAGCUGAGUCUGAUGGGGAAGAGAAUCACUGUUGAUCUUGUAAACGAGCUAGUGGGUGUUGUGUCUGAUGAUAAGUUGCUUGAACUCUUGGAGUUAGCGUUAUCUUCUGACACGGCAGAGACGGUGAAGAAAGCUAGAGAGUUACUGGACUUAGGAGCUGACCCAAUUCUCAUGAUGUCUCAACUAGCCAGCCUUAUCAUGGAUAUCAUUGCUGGAGCAUACAAGGCCUUGGAUGAAAAAUACAGUGACGCCUUCCUUGAUGGACGCAACUUGAGUGAAGCUGAAAUGGAGAGGCUAAAGCAUGCUUUGAAGAUUCUAUCUGAGGCUGAGAAGCAGCUUCGAGUUACUACUGAUCGUUCAACAUGGUUCAUAGCCACCUUGCUGCAGCUUGGUUUGAUGAUGCCUUCUCCCGGGACCACGCACACUACUAGUAGCAGUAGAAAGCAAAGCUCUGUAGCAACUGAAGAAAACCGGUCAAGCAUUUCAAGAGAAGUUGUUGCUUACAAACAUAAAUCAAGUCUUCAAUGUAGUAACUCAGCAUCCCCAACAUCAUCAUCCAGCGAAGUUAUAGAGAAUGACGCAUCCAUUUCAGAAAAACUAAAUGAUAUCUGGAUGAAGUGUGUAGAUAAAUGCCAUUCAAAGACAUUGAAGCAGCUGCUAUAUUCUCAUGGGAAGCUUUUAUCUAUCAGUGAAGUUAAAGGUACUCUAGUUGCUUAUAUUGCAUUUGGAGACAGGGAGAUCAAACUGAGAGCUGAAGGGUUCGUAAGAAGUAUCACAAAUAUGAUUGAGACUGUACUAAGGAGAAACGUAGAGGUGAGGAUGAUCCUCUUGUCUGAAACUGAGUUACUCAGCUCCAAGCAGACAAGAGAUGCAGCUAGUUCAGAUACUGAAAGUGGGCAUGAGGUUCCAAUGAAAAGGAUUGAAAUUAUCAUCCAAGAACAGAGAUUAGAGACUGAACGCCUACAGAGGACUCCUGGUUCACAAGGACGGUUAAAACCUGAGAGGAAUCAAGUUUCACCUCAAGAAGACACCAGUUGUCAUCAUCACCAACCAAACAUUGGUUCUGCAGUUCCUUCUGGACUGAACAAUGAAGUUUUGAAGAUUUGCAAAAUGGAUGAGAUUCAGGAGAAUAAGACCUGUAAAAGAAUGGAGCAUUGUCCUGUUUCACCGAGUCUACUCCACGAUAGUAAUUUCACAAACAACAAAGACAAUCUAGGAUAUGAGUCAGGAUCAGGAAGAGGAGUUUGUAGUCUGCUUUUUUGUUGGAAAACACAGAAGUCUCCAAGAAGAAACAAGAUCAAAGGGACUUCUGUGCGACCACGAAGGAGUCGAAAGAGAAGAUUCUUGUUGUUCAGUGGGUGUGCUAAGACAAGGAAGUGAGAAAGGUUACCGUGUGGAAGAAGAAAAAAUUCAAGAGCCAAUAAGUCUCACCUCUCAAAGUUCACAAAAUCACCCUGGUUUAAUCCGUUUUAUUUUAACUGUAUUAUAAUUAUUUUUAUGAAAAUAAUAGGAGAAUUACAGUAAUUGAAUUUGAAAGCAAAUAAUGAAAAACUAUAAGAUAUGUAUCCAAUUUUAAAAGGAACUUUGUAAGAAUAUUUUAAGACUUAAACAUUGAAUACCAUCGAGAUUAGUUUUAA